AUGAAAGAUGAAGAUCAUAUAACAAAAAAACAUACACCUAAAGAAUCCUCAGAUCCCGUAGAAAGGAGAGAAUCUGAAUCAUCUUCGGAUUCAGGAAGCGAAUCAGAUCAUGAACCAAAAAAGCAUGAAUCUACCCCUGAAGUUGAGGGAGACAAAAACAAGUCUACAGGAAACAAAGAUGAGGCUAAAGAAUCUGACCAGGAUUCCGGCGACAACGAAAGCAAUAGUGAUGAGUCAGAGGAAGCUGAGGAAAAAGAUUCUAAGAUCGAUGACAAAAAAGAGCUUGACAAAGAUACUUCUGCUAAAAAAAAUGGCGAUGACAAGUUGGAUAGCGAUGAAGAUGACGGAAGCAAAUCGGAAGAAUCGGAGGAAUCGGAGGAAUCUUCAGACGGGUGA